AUGGAGUCCUGCUUUUCCCCUCCGACCUCUCUCUACUACUCCCGUCCUUCCGCCAGGACCCUCAUCGGAGGGAACCACACCGCUGCCCGAUUCUGCUCUCGCUAG